AUGGCUCCAGCGUAAGUUGAACUUUAAGACUCGUUUUACCCUCAUAAAAAUAUUAUAUUUUCAGAAAGAAGGUCGUCCCACAGGUCCCAGAAACCAUCCUUAAGCGCAGAAAGCAGAGAGCCGAUGCUCGCGCCAAGGCCGCUCAAAACAACAUCAAGCUUGCCGCUGUAAGUUUUUUCCCAAAUUUAUAUUAGAGAGCUCAUUCAAAAGCACUGGAAAUCGAUUUCAACUUAUCGAUGCCAGCCGUCAAAUUGAGCAAUAUAAUUAUCCUGUUUUUGGGUGAGAUGCAAUUGAUUUUAGAAUGCAGCUCAAUAACAUGAUGACAUUCCUUUAUUGAAGGUGAAACUGAUGAUUCAUUUUUUUCAGCAAAACAAGGAAAAGAAAUCUCAAAUCUUCAAACGUGCUGAGAAAUACGUUCAAGAAUACAGAAACGCUCAAAAGGAAACUUUGAGACUCAAGCGCGAAGCUGAAGCCAAAGGAGACUUCUACGUUCCAGAAGAACCAAAGGUUGCCUUCGUUAUCAGAAUUCGUGGUAUCAACCAAAUUCACCCAAAACCAAGAAAGGUAUGCCAUUUUCACAGUUUUUAGUUUUUCUGCGAAUAUUAUUGAAACAGUAAAAAAUAAUUUUUUGAAUUUUCCCUUGAUGGGCAUUACUAGACUAUUCGAAUGUGCGAUAUGUUGGACAACUAAUCAGUGAAAGAUCCAAAUCCAUAUACAUUGGAAUUUUGUUUUGUUGUGUGUCAUAUUUUCUACGACAAAAAUGUGUAUUUGUAAAUUGUGGCUGGGGUAUUUCUUUUUUCACAAGAUAUUUUCCUUUUAAAGCCAGAAAGCAAUGACGAUCUUUAAAAAACACUUUGUUCGCCGCUUUGGAGAUUUAUUUAGACAUCAAUUAAAACAAAACACAUUUUUAGUGGACAGAUUUAGUUGAAGGCUAUCAAUGUAUUUUCAGGCUCUUCAACUUCUUCGUCUCCGUCAAAUCAACAAUGGUGUUUUCGUUAAAUUGAACAAGGCCACCCUCCCACUUCUCCGUAUUGUCGAGCCAUACGUUGCCUGGGGAUAUCCAAACAACAAAUCGAUCCACGAUCUUGUUUACAAACGCGGAUACGCUAAAGUUGAUGGAAGCCGUAUUCCAAUCACCGACAACAACAUCAUUGAGCAAAGCCUUGGUAAGUAUAAUUUAAAUUUUCAAAAUAUUGCAUCUAAUUUUAUUAACUGUUUUGCAGGAAAAUUCAACAUCAUCUGUGCUGAAGAUCUUGUUCACGAAAUCGCCACCGUCGGACCACACUUCAAGGAAGCCACCAACUUCCUCUGGCCAUUCAAACUCAACAACCCAACCGGUGGAUGGACCAAGAAAACCAAUCACUUCGUUGAAGGAGGAGACUUCGGAAACAGAGAAGAUCAACUCAACAACCUUCUCCGAAGAAUGGUCUAA